AUGGUUUGGUUUCUGUUAUGUUUGAUACCCUGCCUAAUAGCAUGUAUCAUUGCAACAGCUUUGGAUUUUAACAAUUACAAGAUUGAGGAUAAUAGUCACGAAUCUUGUCAAUAUGAAGUUGGAGGAUUUAUCAUAUUUGUGACUCUGGUGGUUGUCUAUGUGGCAGCCAUGUUAAUCAUGUCAAUUCUCACUCACAAUGUAAGAAAAGCAUACAAGGAAUCAAAAAUUGAAGUCAUCAUGCUGGUGUUGAUCAUUUUCACAACUUUAUUCAUUGCCAUUUGCUUCUCUGUUCGUUUGAAUUUACUCAUUCCAAUAAGAAUUAUCAUUUCCUAUGUUCCACUCUUUCUCUCAACAACCUAUUUCUAUGCAGUCAUGCACAGAGUUGUCUGGUACACAAUCCGUAGUUGGAUGGGUUGUAAUCGAUGGAGAAGGGAUUUAAGCUUCUUUGAGGAUUGGGACAUGAGAUUUUUUGUAGAUUCUAAUAAUACUAUUUUUACGAAUGAACAAAUUAGGAGAGUAAUGAAUUUGGAAACCAAAGCUUUAAAUCACCAACAAUUAUUGGAAAGAGAUGACGACUUGGCAAACUUUGCAGAGAAUCCAUUUAUUAAUGAUUCAUCUAACCUAAAUAUUGAAAUUGGUAAUUAUAUACCUCCUUCUUUCAAUUCAGAUUCACUUCAAACAUCAUCAAUAGAUUCAACAACUUCCUCUCAAAUGAUUACUGAUAAGAAAUUCUUUGGUUUAUCACCAACUCCCUCACCAACCAAUAAGAAGCAAUUGAUACAUUCAUCAUCUAAGAGAAAUUUACACAGAGUGUUUGGCAGUAGUGCAACCAAAUCAUUUGUUGAUGGUGACCAAAUUGUAACAGAACAGGACAUUAUUAAUCAAACAUUGGUAAAUAAUAUUAAUAUGGAUUUGGAGGACUAUUCUCCUCCGAGGUAUUAUAUUGGAAGAGACUCUGAAAAGAGAAGGUAGUAAUGUUUCCAUAAUUUUUUCUGUUUCGAAUAUUGUAGCGACGACAAUUUGGAAGGUGAUUCAAUUCUCCUCCACAUAUGGAGAGCAUGUAUAUAACAAUAAUGAAUCUAUAUUUGUG